AUGGGAAACAACAGUAAUGAAGAUUAUAUAAAGAACGAAGAUCAUGCACGCGAAGAAGAAAAGGAAGAUUAUUUAGCUGAUUGGAAUUCAUACGCAGUGGCGAAAUCAUCGAAAGAGAGUUCCACUGCUUUUAUCGAUAGCUUCGAUCUCGAAUCUGUUGUUCAUUCUGCUAACGACACCGUUUUCGGCACUUCUAAUGUAUAUGUGGCAACAGGUUGUGUUGACGGUAAAGUGCGGAUAUGGGAUGACCUUUCUGGAGAAUGUACGAAAACCUUUAGCGGACAUGCUGAUGUAAUUCAGUCUCUAGCAGCAUCAUCUAAUGGGGAUGAUGCAAGUGAUGCUGAGGAUAAUUUAAGGUUUCUUGGUAUUACUAAUCUUGAGCUUUUGAAGGAAGCAGUUGAUCUAGAUAUUUGCAUUCAAAUCGAUAAAGAUAAUGGCCUUAUUACCAUAACGGACUCAGGAAUUGGUAUGACUCGCCAAGAACUUGUUGACUUCCUUGGUGCUAUUGCACAAAGUGGAACUGCAAAAUUCGUAAAGGCACUGAAGGAUAGCAAGGAUGUUGGUGCUGACAAUAAUUUAAUUGGUCAAUUUGGUGUUGGAUUCUACCCAGCUUUCCUUGUUUCUGAACGAAUUAUUACAAUGGAUCCUAUCAUGGAAUUUUUGGGUAUCAACACUUUGAAGCCAAGAGAUUAUAUAUGGAUGAUCAAAGUCUUGGUCAUCGGAAGCGGGGCAACGAAGCCGUUUAAGAAUGGAGGCGGUUCUCAAAAAAUGGUUAUAUUAGUUGAUGAGGAGGGCACCAAAAUUAAUGGUACACUUUUCAAUGAACAUAUUAAAACGUUUGGUCAUUCUUUACAACAAUCGAAAAUAUAUUUGGCAUCUUUAUCUGUUUCCCAGAAGAAAACUCAUAAUGAUAUUACUUUACUGCCAAGAAAGCAAAUUAAAGUGGCGAAAGAAAUGACAGUUGGUGAAAUCGCAGAUUGUUUAUCUUGUGAUAAAAAGGUUAAAUUUCUUCUAAAAUUUGAUGUAUUUGCUGGGGAUGAACGUUAUUCUGUUACAAUGUUUGAGGCUGCAAAAUGCUUGGUUGGUUGCGAUGUUACAACAUAUAAGCAAUCAAUAUUGGAAAAGAAAGAGGAAUCCUUAUUUUAUCGUAACCUGAUGCUAAGUAUAAAGAAAGUCUGCACAUUUCUUAUCAAAAUUGAUGCAAAAAGUGAAGGAGAUCAAGCGGGAAGACGCUUCAUUGUAGAAAAAGUCCAAGAAGUUAAAGAGAUUGUUACAAUUGACAUAGUAUAUGAAGACGUCAACUCAGAAAACUCAGUCAAAGGGACCAGAAAAAAUUAA